AUGUCUAUUAACCAACCCACAAAAUUAAACAAACCAUAAAUUUGAUAAUAAAAAAAAAGUCAUUUCCUCUAGAAACAUGUCGACCUAUAUAUAACUAACAUCACACAACUUGUUCUAUACACCACUUGAUAUCAACAAACCAACUCCAUAGACGCCAAAGAAAAACUCAUGGCUAAGCUCAUUUUCUUCUUAGCCGUACAAAUCCUCCUCCUCGCUGUCGUUUCUUCCACCGGAGACGACGGAGAAAACUUUGCCAGAACCAUAGAUCGGAAGCUUCUCGGGCUCCACAAGAAAGAGAAGCUAACCCAUUUCAAAGUCUAUUGGCACGACAUCUUAAGUGGUCCAAACCCAACCUCCAUCAUGAUUCAACCACCAGUUACAAACACUUCCUACUUCGGAGCCAUCUCCAUGAUCGAUAACGCCUUGACGGCGAGAGUUCCGAUGAACUCAACUGUCUUGGGCCAAGCUCAAGGCUUCUACGCGGGAGCGGCCCAAAAGGAGUUGGGUUUUCUAAUGGCUAUGAACUUUGCUUUUAAGACAGGGAAGUACAAUGGAAGCACCAUUACGAUUCUUGGUCGGAAUACGGCGUUGUCGGAGGUUAGAGAAAUGCCAAUUGUUGGAGGAAGUGGGCUUUUCCGAUUUGCUAGAGGCUACGUUGAGGCUCGGACAAAGUGGAUUAAUCUCAAGAACGGCGAUGCUACUGUUGAGUAUAGCUGUUAUGUUUUGCAUUAUUGAUGUUUUUGUCGUAAUUAUAUAUUUAGUUUGACGAGGUAAUAAUAAAGCAGAUUUUUAAAUUUUAAGUUUUCUUUUUGCAUUUGGCUUAUGGUGUGUGGUGGAUUUGUGAUUGUAGGUUUGUCGUUUAAUAAUAUUUGAUAAAUAGUUUUAUUUAAACGA